AUGGCCGGCCUCAAGAUGGUCUUCGGCGGCAUCUGGGCCCUGGCCUGGUUCUGGAUGAACCGUCGAUGCCCUCGACACACCCGCGACGACCGCGGCGACGAAGCCGGAUCGUCCCUAACCCGCCCCCCCCGGCUCGACCCCCAACUCGGCCCAAACCUCCGGCUCAGCCGUCCAGGCCCUGACCGCAGGAUCCAGCGACGCGGCGCGACGGCGGCCGUCUGGACAGCAGAGGCAGGAAGAAGAGUAAGGGGUAGGGUCGUCCCCCCAGGCGGACCAGAGCUCCCUGACUCGGUUGGGCCAGGAACAUACCCACCAGUUGAACCCAUGGGAAAGACAAUGAAUGAUUCGACAGCGGACACUUGGUUCGUGUACUGA